GGACUUGGCACGCAUGCGCACUGGAGGUAACAACGAUAGGUCUGGGAGUGACAGUGUCUGUGGAUGAGGAGGAUAAACAUGAAAUGUGGACGAUGAUGAUGAUGAUGCGAUGAGGCGAGAUGGCGUUCCAGGAAGGAGAGACACUCGAAUCGUGGCUUAACAAAGCCACUCACCCGACUAACAGGCAGGAGGACUGGGAGUACAUCAUCGGCUUCUGUGACCAGAUCAACAAGGAGCUGGAGGGUCCACAGAUCGCUGUACAGCUUCUUGUGCACAAAAUCCACUCGCCUCAGGAAUGGGAGGCUCUCCAGGCAUUAACCGUGUUGGAGGCCUGCAUGAAGAACUGUGGCAGACGAUUUCACAACGAAGUGGCCAAAUACAGGUUUUUAAACGAGCUCAUCAAAGUGGUCUCCCCCAAGUACAUGGGAGAAAGUGUCUCUGAGAGAGUGAAGACUAAGAUUAUUGAAAUGCUGUACAGCUGGACUGUAGCGUUCCCUAACGAGGCCAAAAUAAACGAAGCAUACCAAACACUGAGGAGACAAGGACUCGUCUCCUCAGACCCUGAACUGACGGCUGAUAAAACUCUGAUCCCGUCUCCACCGACUCGGCCCAAAAACCCCGUGUUCGACAACGAGGACAUGGGCAAGUUGUUGGCAGAGCUGCUCCGCAGUAAGAACCCAGAGGAUCUGCAGGAGGCCAACAGGUUGAUAAAGAACAUGGUGAAGGAGGACGAUGCUCGGGUUCAGAAAAUGACCAAACGCAUGCACACGCUGGAGGAGGUGAACAAUAACGUGAAGCUGCUGAGCGAGAUGCUGAGUCAUUACGACCAGGACAGGUCAUCAGAUGCAGACCGUGACCUCAUCAAGGAGCUGUAUGAGCGCUGUGACAAACUCAGACGCACAGCCUUUAAGCUGGCCACAGAGACGGAGGACCAUGACGCUAGUUUAGGUGAAAUUCUUCAGGCCAGUGAUGAGCUGGAGAGAGUUAUAAGCCUGUAUAAGAAUGUGGUAAAAGGCCAGACAGAGGGAGACACUGCUGAGGAGCAGAAACCAGCACACGGGAAAGGUUGUGAGACAGACACACUCAUUGAUCUCGCUGGUCUGGAUGAACCGCCUACUCCACAGACAGCUCCGCCCACUCAAGUCUCCAGAGCAGGUUCGACCAAUCAGACUGCCUGCAGUAUUCCUGUGAUCCCGCCACCUCCUCGACGAUUGGCUGGAGGGUCUGCCAGUCAGACCAGCAGCCCCAUUCACAAAGCCUCAGAGCCGUCACCGGCCCACUCGCUGCUGGAUGAUGAGCUGCUGUCCCUGGGUUUGAAUGAACCUCCUCCGGUACAGAGCAGACCCAAACUGGAGGACACGUCCAGCCAGUGGACAUCUUUACAGGCUCCUGCUCCUCCAGGACUCGACCUGUUCUCGGGUGGAGCAUCAGCACCAGGCAUCGUCUUUCCUCCUACACACACCUCAGGCCACCCCACCCACCCCACCCAGCCGGACGUGGUGACUCAGGGGCUGCAAGAUCUCGCCAUGCUGAAUCUGGGAGAGGUGAAGAGUGUCUCUGGUCAGCCUGGGAUAGCCUCCGGUGUUGGUCUGGGUGUGGCCGUGCCCUACUCUCUCUCCUCUUUCAAUCCCUUUAUCAGCUCCACCAUGCCCGGUUCGCCCCUGCGCACUGUACAGGGAAACCCUGUGCGCUGCGAGGCAUCCCUCAGCAACCUGCAUGUUCCCCUCGAAUCCAUUAAAACCAGUAAGGCUCUUCCUGUGACCGCGUACGAUAAAGACGGAGUGCGUGUCCUCCUGCACUUCGGCUCUGAGUGUCCUCCUGGGAGACCAGACGUCCUCGUCAUUGUGGUGUCCAUGCUGAACACAGCUCCCCUCGCAGUGAAGAACAUCGAGCUCCAGGCUGCAGUGCCGAAGUCUAUGAAGGUGAAGCUUCAGAGUCCAUCAGGAUCUGAGCUGGCGCCCUUUAACCCCGUCCUGCCCCCUUCCUCCAUCACACAGGUCAUGCUUCUUGCUAACCCUCUUAAGGAUAAGGUGCGUCUGCGCUAUAAGCUGAUGUUCCUCCUUGGUGAGAGACAGUACUGUGGAGUGGGUGAGCUGGAUGAGUUUCCUCCACCAGAGAGAUGGGGAAACCUGUAGAGCAUACACACACACACACACACACACACACACACACACACACUGUAAGAUUCAACUCAAACCUGUGUAAGAAAUCUCCUGGUUUAUUUAUUGAUUUGUUUGAUUUUCAUUAAAGCUGUAAAUGAUGAGUGUUAUAAAGGGUCCAAGUUAGCUUCUAGUCACUUUGAGCUACAGCAUUAACUCUAACACUGAGAUUCCACACUGUACACAUGGACUCCAAAUCACUUCUGACAAGGAAAUCACCCGAUACUGCACCCUCUGCCUCUGUUUAUUGAUAUACAUGUGUGUGUUACACUGCACUGACUGUGGAGUUCUACAUGCACACACACACACACUCACCCAUGUGCUGGACAUUUGUGACAACCAUGUGUUAUGAUGAUGCUCCAUCAUCCACAGUGUCACUCAAUCAGGGACAGUCAUGGGCGGAGCAUCCACCUAACUCCGCCCACAACACCUAAAUCAUUGUGUUUCAGCUGAACCCUGAGCUCACUCUAGCAAGCAGCCGGCCACUUUUCAUUUCCUGUGUAAGUUUACAACGUAGAAGAUUUUUUUGUUGUAAAUUUAAAUUAUUCAUGACGUGGUAAUGCAACAAAUCCUCAUACAAACGUGUUGUCAAUGUUUCUCCAGUGUUUGGUGCUAAAAAUAGAGAAUAAAUCAUUUUAUUCUAAAGUGAUAACAUGAGCCGGCUACAAGUGAUACCAUUAACUAGAGACAAACUCUCCAGGAAGCAGUCUCCUGCUAGCGUGAUCUCUGCCUCACACACGAGAGAGUCACAGUGCUGAGGAGAUUUGUUUAUGUUUGGCUGAAUUCAGUUUAACUUAACAAACAUCUUUAUUUUAAUGUUAUGUGUCCUGUUUACUGAAUGAAUGUCUUUAAUUUAUUGAUGUCAUCCUGCAAUACAGGUGUGUUUAAUUGCUG